UUAAAAAAUAGCCCAUGCGCUCAUGAAGCAGUAUAUAGUCCAGAUCAUUUACAGCUUCCAUCUUUUAUGAGACAUCUGAAACUUGUCCUCAUCCAUUUUUACAUAACAACGCUAAUCCACACUGCGCUACUAAAUAUAAAAGAGCCUUAAAACUUCGAAAUGUCUCUUCCAAAUGCCCUUGAACGAGAUUGUGAGUUAAAUUGGGAGUGAGGUACGCUGAUUCUCUGAUCACUCACCAUGUCAAAAACCAAUGAGCAGGAAUCAUAACCAUGUUCCGCAAUGACACAGAUCGAAUCAAGUAGGCGCUCCGCCAUACUUUUUAGGGGCAAGGUAAUAUGAACAGGUGUAAAAAAAAAUCAACAAAGUCAGUAAAGACCCACCGAACCAAGCAAGUCGACCUCGAAGUCCGCCAGCGCCAGGUGUUUCCAGGGCGCCUCCAGAUGUAUCGAAAAUUGCUUUCCAACUGCCCACAUAGACCAUGCUGCAAAAUAUUUGAUAUAAGCAACUGGAUCCCAAUACCCAAUCCACGUGCCAUUUUACAACCUUCCCAGGUGCGAAUAGCGAAACGGCUAGGCACAAGCCAUGUUAGGAUACGUUAUAGAGCAACAUAUUUGAACAACAAAUCAAACCUUGCCGUCAUCUCGCAUCGCGGCAACCCUAUUCAAAUGCUUUCGUAGCCAAAUGCCUUGCUGUGACGCUACUUGUGCCGUC